AUGGAGCCUGAUAAGUUUGAAAAAUCAAGUAUCAACGAGGUGAAGCGGUAUCGAAACAGAGGGAAAUAUGGAUAUGAUGAUGUAUACCCUAUCAUUGAUUCCGCACCGGUCCUCCAUAUCUCAUUUCACGCGCUGGCGAGCGAUGCAACUGAAUCUUAUCCGGUGAUACUUCCAAUGUUUGGUUGCACCGGGUCUUACGGUGAAAAAGCAGGAACGGAACGUUCGAUUUACCUACAUGGGUAUGUCUCAUCACGGUUUUUCAAGAAAUCAAGUAAUUCCUUGGACGAUUCCGACGGACUCAAGAUCUGCGUCGCUGCGACUCUUAUGGAUGGUCUUGUAUUGGCCUUGACUCCGAAUCACCACAGUUGCAACUAUCGCUCAGCCAUUGCUUUCGGAGAUGCACAUCUGGUGACCGACGAAGGUGAACGCUUUUAUGCGAUGGAGCUGAUCACCAACAAUAUUUUGCCCGAGCGAUGGGAGAAUACCCGAAUUCCUCCCACACGGGCCGAGCUGACGGCAACCGGGAUUAUUCGAGUCGACAUUAAAAGUGCCAGUGCCAAGGUCAGAGCUGGUACUACAGGAGAAGAUCGAAAUGAUUUGAAAGACGAGGAGAUGCGGAGAAGGGUUUGGGCUGGCGUGAUUCCGUCUUGGACGCAGUGGGGAUCUCCCAUACCGGCACCGACGAAUAUGGUGGAGAAUGUGCCAGAUUAUAUUCGCACUUGGGUCAAGGAUGCAAAUGCCAGCGCCGAGAAGUUCGCCUAUGAUGUGGCCAAAUAGAACUAGGGAAU